AUGACUUUGGUCAAGCAGCCGGAUAACGCUGAGGUCGUGCGUGAGGAGCUGAAGCGUGUAGGCGGCUCAGAUGGGACAUCCUCUGCAUACAUCACAUUCCUGCUCAGAAUCAGCUGGAAUGUUGAUCUGGAUAAUCCCCAAACGCCCUACUGUAGUAGCAACGAAUACAUCGUGGAUACUGAAGAGGACCCAGAUGAGAUCGAUAUCACACGCCCAGAGUCCCCCACAUAUUGUUUCGCUGCACUGUGGGGUCUAGAAACUGAGGUUGAGGUCCCCAGUCUCGUCCCUCUCAGUGCUACCCAGUAUAUUCGCGCUUAUUAUCCGGCGCUCGACCCUGAUCAACCUCAAGAUGAUGGGGCAAAACAGAAGGAGAGAAACGUAUGUCGGGCUAUAGGCUUUCUCGCAGGAGUUCCUAUGGUCACCCAGGAUGUCCUUCACGAGACUUGGCCGUCCGUGUUUCAAGCAGCUCAGGAUGCCGAUGAUCAGGAUGAUGAAGCGUCUGAUCAAGACGAAGCAUCAGACGGAGACGCAGCAUCGAACGAGGAUGAAGCAUCCUACGAAGGGGUAGUGUCGGAUCAAACAUCCAAUGUGGACGUCGUCUCUCAUGGGGAUGGAGGCAGUGGUGGAGACGAAGGGGUGGCCGGAGAGACAGUUGCUAUCGAGGAAACUACAGACCAUGAGCAUGGAGGACUGGGUGCAGACAACGAGACUAAGGGAGACGAAGCUGCCGACGAAAAAGGAAAUGUGAGGAACGACAGCCACGGUCGGAUUUUGUCCCUCUUCGAGAUCAGCCUUAAACCCGCCGUACUACGUGCUGUCGAGACCGACGACACUAGCACAAUCGAACGUCUACUCUUGCAGACGGAGACGGCUUCUCGUGUACAGGCAAUUCUCCGUGACUCCACACCCUUACCGCCCAGUGGGCUCAAUUUGUUGCAGCCGAUCCGCGCUGACCUCUCAAAAUGGUCCUACACGGCAGAACAACUUGUCAGCAUCGUCUCGACAUGCAAAUCACUCGAGUCAUUCAACCUUUCGAAUAAUCCCAACGUAACUAGUGCUACCAUCGAGUCUAUCAUGGGUGUGGCACCGCCCAGCCUACAGCGCCUAGUGGUCCUGAACUGUCCGUCGUUGGACAAUAGCGAGCUAUGCGUUCUGAUGAGCACCAAACCGGCUUUAUUCAAAAACUUGAACGGCUUGAUCGCUCCCAUUACUAUUCAACCAUGGUACAGGACCCAGUUGCCGAACACUUUCUCCAUAACCACCAUCUACCACCUAUACCGUAGUGUCCCGCAUGUCACACGGGCCAGUACAAUGCCGGUCGCUACACCAACGCGCAUAGUCCAGUGUAUGAUCGACUACUUCGCGCCUAUUGCGGAAAGUAAGUUUCCGCAGGAAGUAUUGGACCAUCCCAACAUGAUCUACGCCGUCUUCAGUAGUAGCAGGGACCCAGUCAAGGGUUGGAGCACUCGAAGCAUCAGCGAGCUGAGCCAGGGUAACAGCAUGCGGCAAGGUUUGGGCGAAGGUUGGGGGUUCACAAUGAUCAGCGAUCCCCUCGGGUACACGACGCAACCAGCGAAACAUCAGUGGGGUUUCGUGCGCUACGUUCCGAAAGUAGCAGGCAUACCAGAAGACAACGACAGUACAACAGCGUCGACGGAGCCGCUCCCAGAAAAAGAAAUGAUGCGUAAAAUUGUUGCAAAGUACACACCCGAGAUUCACGACCUUCGAUCGUUCUUGCAAUUGAUGCACGAGGAGGGGAGACCAGAUGCGCCCGAGGAUGCCGUAACAAAGCUCGAAUCACUCAUGGAGAUUUUCAAAGAGACGUGGGGUGUCGUGAUGAUUACUCCCGAGAAAAUCUCGGGUUGA